AUGAUCCCGCCCUGCGAUCCAGUCAUUCUUGAGAACAAUCCCCAGUUCAGACAUCUUUAUGAACAAGUGACUACAAAGUUUCUCAACCAGGAUGGUUCGACGCGCGCCAAUGAUGCACAGCCGGCAAGAAAGGCACUUGUGGAAGAAUUGAACGACUGUCGCAUCCGCGAUGCGAGGAAGAAGAUCACAAAGCAGGCAUUGCGACGAUUGGCGUUUGACCCCGAUAGCGAGCUUCCCGACGAGUGUCGAGACCCCGCAGCCAUCGUAUACCUCUACCUCGAAUCUCGCCCCGAUGUGAUCAACCUUCCUGCGGACCACGACGACCAACCCGACACCGACACCGACACCCUCCAACUCCUCACUCCAGACAUCGACCUAUUCUACUCCAGCCUCCCCGACCUUGCUGAGCCUCUUUCCCGCAUAUUGCUGGCCGAUCUCGAUGAUCUACGCGCAAUCACAGACGCAGGAACCGACUCAGAUGCAUCGGCCGCCGCCGCUUCCCCCGCGGAAGGUCCUCGUACCCGCGCCCGCACGCGUCAGACAACAACCGGCACCAGAAGAACCGCAGCGCAGCAGAUCACUCUCUCCUCGCGGCUGGACAAGCGCAUCCAGGCCCUGCGCCACAGACAACUGAGCGAAUUACCCGCAGCGCGGACCCGCAUGGCUGCGACAGCUGCCGAAGUUCUGGCGACGCGGGCCGCGGUGCUAGAACGGACGGUGAUGCUUCUGGAACGGGCGAAACAUGGGGCAUUCGCGCGGGCCACGAAGGCCAAGGCAGAGCAUUUGGCCACGGUCGCGCAGGGGCUGGAAGGCAGGCUCAGUGUUAUGAAGCUGGAGAUUUCGGCCUCGAUCCAUACCCCGGAGGUUGUUGCGGCGCUUGGUCGGUACUGGGAUCAUCUUGAGGAUACGCGGGAGCGUCUGGAAGAGAGGCGUACGGAAGCAUUGGAGGAGUUGAGAGCGUAUGGUCUUGUGGCAGAGGAAGGAUCCGAUCGAGAGGAGGGCGCGUCUGAAGAUACAAUGCGCUCCGGGCCCGAAACCAUGCAAGAGAUUUACUGUCGAUACUGGACCCUGAUUCGAGAGGUGGAGAAGUCCAAACAAAACCCCAACCCACUCACAACUUCUGUCCACACAACCUCCAAAUCGAAAAUGGCCGACGACGCGAUCUCCAUCUACGACGAAAUCGAAAUCGAAGACAUGACCUUCGACCCCAACCUGCAGAUCUACCACUACCCGUGCCCGUGUGGCGACCGGUUCGAGAUCGCGAUCGACAACCUCCGCGACGGCGAGGACAUCGCCGUCUGUCCUAGCUGCAGUCUGAUGAUCCGGGUGAUUUUCGAUGAGGCUGAUCUCGUCAAGGACGACGAUAAGAACGGGUCCGCUGGCGCGGUUGCUGUUCAGGCUUGA